UUCGGAUUUCAGCGUGUUUCGUUGGCCAGAAUAAGUACUCUUAGCAGAACUCGAAAAUGCCGAUUUUUAGAGCCUCGGGCCAGAAGGAAUGGCCUGGGAGUAUCUCUCACAAAACACAGUCUUAGGUUCAUCGGAUGCAUGUUUGAGCCGGUAUCCGACCCCACUUGAACCAUCGAUGGGGAUUGUGGAGGAAACACGAGGGUCGAAAGACUAAUUACGAGCACAGGAGCUUAAGAUCUAAACAUGUAAAGAUCCGAGGGUCUGUCUUAAGUCUUAACAUAGAGCCCAAAUUUAACUUCUACAUUUCCCUACUCGACUCUAAGUGCACUAUCUCAGACUCCAUUCGUUUCAGUAUAGCAAUUCAAGAUGCGAUCCAACCCAUACGGAAGCCAACUGCCCUGGGCUGAGCCCCCCUGGUAUCAAGGCCGCCCUUCGCCAUACUACAAGCCAACCCAUAUCCAACUGCGGGAUGCUGUCCGAAAAUGGUGCGAAGACAAUGUCAUGGAUCAAUCCGAUCAAUGGGAGGAGGACGGAAAGAUCCCGGAUGAGAUCUAUCGCAAGUGCGGCGAAGAUGGCCUUUUGAUGCCCAUUGCCGCGGGCAAGAAGAUCCCCAAGGAGUGGGCCCACUACCCCAUCAUCGGCGGCAUCAAGCCCGAAGAUUGGGACGGUUUCCACGACUUCAUCCUCUGGGACGAGCUCCUCCGCGGCGGCGCCAUCUCCAGCAUCUUCAUCGGCCUGACCGUCGGCGCACCCCCGCUCCGCCAGUUCGCCUCCAAAGAAUUGCAAUCGGAGUUCAUGCCCGCGGUGCUGAAGGGCGAAAAGCGCAUCUGCCUCGCCAUCACCGAGCCGUCGGCCGGAUCUGAUGUCCGCAACAUCUCGACCACCGCCGAGAAGACCGCGGAUGGAAAGCACUACAUCGUCAACGGCGAGAAGAAGUGGAUCACCAACGGCAUGUACAGCGAUUACUUCAUGACCGCCGUGCGGACGGGUGGUCCCGGUGCCGAGGGCAUUUCCAUGCUGCUCAUCCCCCGCAUGGAGGGCAUCCGCACCCGCCCCGUCUCCAUCGGUGCCGGCAAACUCAGCGCGACCACCUUCGUGACAUUCGAAGAUGUCAAGGUCCCGGCUCGCUACCUGGUUGGCGAGGAAGGCAAGGGCUUCCGAUAUACGCUGUCGAACUUCAACCACGAGCGUCUGUGGAUCGUCUUCCAGGGUCUCCGAGGCUCAAGGACGUGCAUCGAGGAUGCCAUGGCCUGGGCGAUGAAGCGUGAGGCGUUCGGCAUGACGUUGAUCGAGCAACCCGUGGUGCGGCACAAGUUCGGCCAAAUGGCGAGGCAAAUCGACUCCUUACAGUCGUGGACGGAGCAGGUUAUUUACGAGCUUGAUCAGCUGAGCGAUGCGGAAGGAUCCCGAUUACUUGGUGGUGUUACGGCGCUGUUGAAGGUACAGGGUGGUAUCGUCGGAAAGUUUGUGGCCGACGAGUGCGUGAAGCUUAUGGGAGGUCUCGGCUUGACCACGACUGGACAGGGCGCACGAAUUGAGGCUACUUAUCGUAGUAUCCCUUCACUCAUCGUCCCAGGUGGAUCAGAGGACGUGAUGAUUGACCUUGGUGUGCGUGAGGCGCUCAAGCUGAGCCAGAAGGCAAUUGGGAAGGCUAAGAUAUAAAUCACGUACUUGGGUUCCAAGGUGUGAAUUAUUUUGGACAAUAGGUAGCACCGGGGUUUGAAUAAUUCGUU